CGAAAAAUUUCCCCCCUCCCCCGCGCCUCCACUCUAGCCCCAGACCUGCGCGCCUGCUGUAGCCGUCACCCACGGCCAUGGCGAACGACGACUCCCCCAAGUCCGGCGACCUCCCGCCCUACCCCGAGAUGAUCCUGGCGGCGAUCGAGGCGCUGGACGACAAGAGCGGCUCCAACAAGACGGCCAUCUCCACCUACAUCGAGGAGAACUACGAGAACCUGCCGCCCGCGCACGCCUCGCUGCUCACCGCCAACCUCGCCAGCAUGAAGGAGGGCGGCAAGCUCGCCUUCGUCAAGAACAACUACCUCAAGCCCGCCGCCACCGCCGCCGCCGCCGAUGCCGCCGCCGCGGAGCCCACCCCGAAGCGGGGCCGCGGCCGCCCGCGCAAGGACCCCAGCGCGCCCCGCCCGCCGCCCAAGGAACCCAAGGACCCCACCGCGCCCAAGCGCGGCCGCGGGCGCCCGGCCAAGGCCAAGGACCCCGUCGCCGAGGCCGUCGCCAAGGCCACCGCCGGCAUGCCCAAGAGCGGCCGCGGCCGCCCCGCAGGCAAGAGCCCCGCGCCCAAGAAGGCCAAGGUCGUCAAGGAGGCCCCUGCCGCCGACGCGUCCGGCUCCGCGCCAGCCAAGCGCGGACGCGGACGCCCGCCCAAGGCCAAGUAGGCACCACCCGGCUCUCCUCCGGCGGUAAGAUCUUAGGCAG